CGCGGCCGACACAGUCAUCGCUAUCUCAUCCGUCGGAUCAAUGGAGAACGAGGCUAACUGCUACGCCGCCCCGCCAACUGUCUUCACCUCACCAAUGCGGAGGUUCCCAAGCCUGGAGACCCAUUGGCCGCUCAUACGCUCCAACGCGACGUACACCAGAGGCACAACGUUGGUCGGCGUGUCGUUCGAGAUGGGGACCAUGAUCUACGUCCUCGAAAAGGACGCCCCCGACUUGAAUGGCAGCGCUUACGCCAAGUGCACCAGCGUCGGCAUGACGAGUCGGGACGCGAUUUGCGGUCGAAGAAAAUCUGUUAGCCAAGAGCAGCAGUUCCUGCAGGAACCGUAUAUUAUAUAUGGCACAUUCAUCACCGAAAGCACGAAGCGGCACGUCGCCUUUGCCGAUUACUACACCAGCGCUCGAAACAAGGUCGCCCUUGCACUGACGAAGCUCGGCUCCCUCCCUAGACGAGCGGCACUGAUGCUCUUCAACGUGCACCUUGGGGACGUUAAGAAGAGGUGCGGGGCCGACGCUUUCACCCUGAUAAAAUGGAUCUGCCAGGAGUUCAAAGGCACUAGAAGAUGCAACUGAACCGGCACCGUUUCGUCCUGCACCUGGACGUCAUACCUGGACGUUAUGUUGUAAAAAACGCAAG